AAUUGUUUUUCGGUCUUCAUUCAAGAAUCAGUCUUUCAAUUGUUUCGCUUUUUUUUCUCCUAUCGGAAAUAUUUUGAUCAAUCUUUUCUUCAACUGUUAUUUUACCCAAAAGGAUGGCAAAAUCCUUUCUGAUCUUGGCAAUAUGUGUCCUUUGUGUGGCUUCGAUAAGGGCUUCUUCUUUUGUUGGAAUGCCAGUGGAGGACAUCUGCAAAAUGGUUCCAGCUUUUACAAAAAUUCUUGUACCUGGCUCCUGUAUUGACUGGGCUGAGUGCGGAGAAGAUGGUGAGAUCAUCGAUGAUGGAACGUGCUUGGCAGGCUGGAUGUUCGACAAAAACACAGGAAAAUGCAGCAAAAGCUCAAUGGUCGAAUGUCCCUUUGGGUAUAAUCUGAAGAAACCAUGUGCAUCGGAAAAGAAUGGAACCUUUUUACGGAACCCCGAAGAUUGCACUGGAUACAUUUACUGCAAGGAAGGCGUCGAACAAUACUCUGCCUGUCCCAUGGGCCUGAAUUUCAAUCCCGAAACCAAGAGCUGUGUCUAUGCCAGUGAAUACCCGUGCCCAGAAAAAGAAGAAGGUAACGAAGCAAAUUCAAUUUGUUUGUCCGUUGGUGACAAUAUCCGCAUGGCUGAUCCAAACUCGUGCACCACCUUCAAGGUCUGCAACAAAGGCGUCCUCAAAACUACAAAAUGCAUUGCUGGCUCCUAUUUCAGUCGGGAGUUGAAACGGUGCAGUGAUUGGGAGGAAAGCGAUUGUGCAACAGCUGAGCCAACUACCGAGGAGCCUUGGAGCUCUAUUUGCGGAACUGAUGACGAUCCAAUUGUUGGAUUCAUUUCGGACGAAGUCACUUGCAGUGGAUAUUAUUAUUGCGAUGAAAUGGAAAAUGGCAAAGCUGACCGCAAUCCAAAGUUCGCUAAGUGUUCAAAUGGCAAAUUCUUCGAUGCUAAUUCGUUCUCCUGCAAGGACCGCACUAAUGUGAGGUGUUUGUUUGAUCGGUGUGAGGGUAUGGACAAGAGGUUUGCUAAUAUCCAGGGUGAUUGCACCAAGUACACAUAUUGCAAUGGUGGAGUGAGCUCAUCGGAGGGUUCAUGUCCCGAGGACUUCUAUUUUGACGAGAAAACACAGAGCUGUACGAAGAAAGUAGUUUCAUAUUUGGGAUGUUUGGAAUAGAAACAUAAUUUUGAAUUUGUUAGAAAUUUGAUAAAAUAAAGAACUUUUUCCUAAAAUUGAUAAAAUGUAUUAAUAAACAUGUGAAUAAAAUUUUUAAUAAAUAUCUGAGAUCAACAA